AUGUCUACCAGCCUUCUAUCCACGCACCGGUCAGGUCCUCCGGGCCAUCCGGGACCCGACGCCAACUACGUCGACGCCGACACCCUCCGAACGACCUUUGCGCUCGCAAUGUCCGCCAUGUACAAGGCCGAGGUGCCCCUCUACGGCGACCUCAUCCAAAUCGUCCAAACCAUCAACAGAGAUGCCCAGUCCAAGCAACGCCACGGCCUCGGACACGGCUCGAGCUCCGCAACAAUGGAAGCCAGCAUCGAGCGCCUAGCCCUCGAACGGCACGGCGCAAUCCGCCUCGGCACCCCGCAAGAGCUCCACACCGUCCGCCGCAUCUUCGCCCUCCUCGGCAUGCACCCCGUCGGCUACUACGACCUCUCCGUGGCCGGCCUGCCCAUGCACGCGACCUGCUUCCGCCCGACGUCGCCGCACUCCCUGGAACGCAACCCCUUUCGCGUCUUCACAACGCUCCUCCGGCCCGAGCUGCUCAAGUCUGGCUCGGCGCGAGCCGUUGCCUUAAACCUCCUUGCAAAGCGCGAUAUCUUUAGUGAUGCCCUGUUGGAGCUUCUAAGCAUAGCUGAGACGUGUCAGGACGGUCGCCUGACACCAGAGCAAGGGGAGCGGUUCGUGGUGGAGGCGAUUCGCACGUUUAGCUGGCAGCCCCUCGCGGCGGCUACGCACGAAGAGUAUGCCCUCUUACGGAGCGAGCAUCCCAUCUUGGCGGAUAUCGCGUGUUUCCGCUCGUCGCACAUUAACCACCUCACGCCGAGAGCCCUGGAUAUCAAUGCCGCGCAAGCGGCCAUGCUUGCCGCGGGUAUGGCUGUUAAGAGCCGUAUCGAGGGCCCGCCGGUGCGCAAGUGCCCAAUCUUGUUGCGUCAGACGAGUUUCCUUGCGCUACAGGAGGGUAUUCGCUUUGCUAUUUCGGGAAGAGACGAGUUUGUGGAUGGUUUCCAUAAGGCUCGGUUUGGUGAGAUUGAGGAGAGGGGAGCUGCUGUUACGCCUGCAGGCAGAAAGCUCUAUGACGAACUAUUGGAGGAAGCAAUGGCAAUAGUACAGAAAGAGGGGGAAUCUUCUGAUGCGAAGUUGGUGGACGAGACAUUUGUAAAGGUCUUUGAAAAGUUCCCCGAUAACUGGGACGAGCUGCGGCGGCAAGGGCUCGUUUACUCGGACUAUCGAUGCGCAGAAAACGCCAAAGAGAAGCUGCACAGCUUGGAAAAUAUCGAUACAGCAGACCCGGCUUCUCUCUUGGAUCGGCUCGUCUCCGAGGGUGUGCUCGAAGCGGUGCCCAUCACGUACGAAGACUUCUUACCCUUUUCGGCUGCCGGCAUCUUCCAGUCGAAUAUCCAGGCCGGGGCUAGCCCAAGCAAACCUACGAUAGGAGAGGAUGAGUCGACGCGACCCGAUGUAGAUGGCUACGAGAAGGCUUUGGGGAGAGGUAUCCUCAACGCAAACGACUUGUAUGCGCAAGCGCAGAUGAAGAGCUUGCAUACCUGCGCGGAAGAGCUUGGUUUGAGUAUGGACAUGAUUCCACGGCUUUACUAA